AUGGGCGACGGCCACGUGCACAGCCACGACCACGACCACGGUUGCUGCUGCUGGAGUUUGGCCGUGAAGAUUGCCCUUUUCGGCUUCAUCUUGGUGGUUUUAUGGCAAACGAAAUUAAGAUAUCACCUCAAGAUGUUCUUCUACCUGCUGAGCCUGAUCUUUGGCGGGCUAAUCGGCGGCUUGAUCAGCAUACCCUACGGCCGGACACCCAAAAAUCAUUUCCGGAUGUUCAAAGUCUUCCAAAUCAUCAACUCCGUCCUGCAGCUCAACUUUGAAAUUCGGCACAAGGAGCGGUUAGAAUCAGAAGAGCCCUUCAUCCUCAUCGCCAAUCAUCAGAGUUGUAUGGAUGUUUUAGGAAUGACGUUUGCGUGGCCCCAAAAUUGCGUGGUCGUCCUGAAGUCGUCGUUGAAGUACCUGCCCGGCUUCAACCUGUGCACAUAUCUUUGCAAUGCCGUGUAUAUAAACAGAUUUAAUAAGGAAAAGUCGAAAACGACCGUCGACGACACGGCGGCUGCGAUUCGAGAUCACAAGAGAAAAGUGUGGCUUUUCCCAGAAGGGACGCGAAACCCCGGCCCCACCCUACUACCCUUCAAAAAGGGCGCCUUCAUCUUGGCCCAUAAUGCCAAGAUCCCCGUCGUCUGCUGCGUGUUCUCGACGCACAAGCAGUUUUACGAUUGGGAAAACUAUCGAUUCGACGACUCGGGCCAUGUCAUUGGCGACAUUUUACCGCCGAUUGAUUCGACCAAAUUUGAGACGGUAGAGGAACUCUCCGAGCACUGCCGAAAAGUGAUGCAGACGAGAUUUGACGAGCUGAAUGUCGAGAUCGGUGUUUCCGCCGGCGACAAGAAGAGCGAC